AUGUCCUCUCCAGGUCCACUCAGCUCAAUCACUGCUAGCACUAGCGAUCCAAAGAGAUUUUUUCGAUCGAGAAAGGACCGCGCUGGAGACAUUCUUGACACAAAUGUCCCAUUGCUAGGCCAGCGCCACAGUAGCCCUCCUCGCAGAAAACCAAGAGGCAAAGAAAGAUUCUCUCUUCCUCGAAGUGAACGUUCUGGAUACACUCGUGAUUCGGACGCUCCACUUGUGGGCCAGCACCCUAAAGACCAACCCCCUGCGCCGUCUUCCACAGGACUCCAAUACAGUCCAUCUACCGCACACUGGAUUGGAGGAGGUGUAACAAAAGGACAAGUUCUCACCGGUCCCUUUGAAAAGCGCAAGAAGAACACCAUGUCGAAGGCCAGUGCAGAACGUGACUCCAAGCGACGAAAGCUCGACCAUAAAGUCCAGUCCAAGCUCGAAAACCUGGGCUCUAAGCUCAUGAGUUACAUCAACGAGUAUACUAACACGAAAGACCGAGCUCUAUGCCUACAACUCGCUCCUCACAUCGACUUGGCUACCCAGUUUCUCAACACACUCACUCCAAGAUUCGAGAAUCCUGGAAGUAAUGAUACCGAGGAGAAAAUGGUCGACUUCUUCGAAACAGCCGUUCGAAUCUUGGACCUAACUGCAUCGUUUCGCGAGGGAGUCAUUUCCGACCAAACCAUUCCGGUGAUGACUGAGCUGUUGCAAAAGAUUCUAACGGCUAUUGGCGAUCUCGAUGUCGAUACUUCCGAUGAGCAUAUCUUGUCCCCUUCCGCGGACAUGGCCAUUCUACUCCUAGAAUCAGUGUUCCAAAAGCUGGAGCAGGAGAACGAAGACAAGGGCCUGUAUGCUAUCUGCGGGAUAUGCUCAUUGGUCCUGGAUCCUCUCAUCACCAAGUUAAUUAUGGGCCAUGAUCAGAGAGAUAUGGUUUCUGUUAUUAAACUUAGUCUGCAACUUCUUAAGGAAAUCAACGCAGAAUUGUGCGAGAGUAACGCGGAUUCACACCUCGGCCAUCUCCUCGCGAUCGGUACCUCGAUUACGGUUAAAUUGCAAGAAAAGGUGGACGGGGUCCGAGAUUGUGAAGAAGAUGACGAGACCUGGCUCUUCAAUACCACGACUCGCAUUCUUGUCCUCAGCAUUGAGCGAAUGAUGAGUGGAUUGAAGGAUGGCACCGCUGAAGCUAAGGUCAACAGAAGGUGGUAUCAUGUAUCCCACCUCUUGGAGCUUGCAGAAGACUCCCCACUUUGUAAGCUCAGCGAGGUCGGGUGCGAGGGGCUUGUCAUAGCUCUUAUCCAGAUGACCAAAAAGAUCUUCGGCCCUUCGAACGAAUUACUGGAGCAAGUCAUCGUGCUUUUAGAGUCAUUGGCCCCACUCUUCGAGCUAUAUGGCAGCACCUUGGGCAAAAUUCAGAUCGAACUCCGUGCCUCGCCCCAAUUAUUGACUUAUCUCCUGGACAUGAGCGCUGUCAUCUACAACGAAGUGAUACUAGAACUUCGCCAAAGUGGUGCCGAGUUCAUCACCCUAGCAAACACAGUCUCCGACUUCACGAAGAUUUGCUCCCUAUUCCUGGCCUGCAUCGCCAGUGGAGCGAGCGAGCAUUUGCCUCCCAAUCAAGCGAAGCUAGACUCUUUCCGGGUCCUGGCCAAUUUCCUAGAAUCGCUCAGUGCCAUGCAUCGACCAAGCGAUGAGAAAUCAGCGACCAGCAAAGCAGAGGAUGACGAUGGUUUCGAACAGCCCACUUUGAAACGUUCUGAUUCACUCCGAAGCUUCUAUCGCAGUUAUUCUGAUCUUCAGAAGAUGGACGAAGAGGCGUUUGAAACUAAGGGCUGGGAGGCCGAGACAGAGCAGUCUCAUUUCGACCGCCUUGAAAGCUUGCUCAAUUUUAUCGAGGGACAGUCUAUUCAGACCACUGCAGAUGAUGGCGGUGUCAUCGAAUGGAAAUUUGAUCCAGAUCAGUCUGCUCUCCACAGAGUUCAAGAGAUUCUCGGUUUCAUGCGCAGCCAGACAGACUCGAGCCUUAACAGCUCCAUAGUGAAGCUUGAUGAAAUCCCCGAGCACAAGGACGAGAGCAGUGAGGAAGCCAGUGAUGAAAAUGACGACGAAUAA